AUGGAUAUGGCAUUUCUUCCUUUAUCAGAAGCUGAUAAAGCUUUACUUAAUCAGGGUUACGAUAAAGCUUUAUCGGAAGGUCAUAAAGGUCUUUUCCAUGAAGAUUACAAUAGAGCUCACACACUUUAUGGAAAUAUACUUAUCAUCUAUGAAGAUGAUAUUGAUUCACAUCUAAAGUCGGUCAUUCUAGCAUCAAUGGCAAAAUGCAGCAAUAAAUUACACUAUUAUGAUCGUGCAAUUAUGGAAGCUACAUCUGCUCUUGAUAAAGAUUCCACAUGUGUGAUUGCAUUAAAACAACGAGCUGAAUCACAUUAUAAAUUGAAUCAUUACGAACAAGCAAAAAUUGAUAUUAAUGAUGCAUUUGCACUUGCACCAUCUGAUAUUGAACUUUUAGAAUUGCUCGAUAGAUUCAAAACAGAAGAUCUAAAUCGUUUUGGUACGUAUCUAUAUUUGAUGUUAUAA